CAGCAAGUCAAGACUAAAAGACACCCAUUCACAAACUUGAAAUCACUCAAUAUUCCAAACGGCAACAAUGUCUGAGAAGGAUCACGAUUCACAACUCGAAGACGCUGAAUAUGACCACGGGGAAGAAAUUCUCUUAGGUGGUGCCAGCAAACUCGUCGUGUUGCCUGGCGCAUCAUCACAUGCUGCGUCGUUCCAAAUCGAAAAAGAAGACCACACCCUUGGCAAUGCUUUACGGUAUUUCGUCAAUAAAAACCCCGAUGUCGAGUUCUGUGGCUACACAAUCCCCCAUCCAUCCGAGACCAAGAUGCAUAUUCGCAUACAAACCUGGGAGGACACCAAGACCACCGCAACAGGUGCGCUUCGAAAAGGACUAAUGGACAUGAUGGAGGCAUGCGACGUGGUCACCGAAAAGUUUACCGAGUCACGAGAUGCGUUCAACGCUGCUCAUGCAUCGUGAUCCGAUUACAUUUCUCUGGUUUUGGAAUCCAUUUGUCGGUCGACAGCAUAGCGAUGGCGCUUGGGAGUUGUCUGUCUUUAUGCUAUGUACAUGUAAAGUCUUGGACUUGUAGACUAGACGAAGCCGUUCUCUUGGGUCAUCAAUUCCGCCCCUGUGACAAGUCAGCCUUGAACAUAUACCGCGGAAAUGACCGGCGCCUUACCUCGAGAAAGCCCGACACAAAGUUCUUGGGCAGCGUGGCAUUCUCA